GAAAGUAAGAAACUAAAGACCUCGCGGAUCUCGCAACUCGUUCUCGUUGUCCUAGGGUCAACCUUUUUCAGCUGUCAAUAUUCCAUAAAACUUGUCCGUCAAUAAAACUAAUGGAUAAUGGAUGAUUCAAAUCAUCUUCAUGACCGAAAUCUCCGCCAGAGAUACAAUCGUCCAGAGUUCGUCCUAGUUGGGAUUAUUAAAGAAGAGCCUUUAGAUGAAGACUUGGUAAGCUCCAGCGCGGGACAGGAACAUAAUGAAGCAGAACUUUCUCCCAAAAUUGAGGAGGAACAGGAAGAGCCUCCCGAUCCCGAGCCAGCAGAAUCAAAUAUUGAAACUAAUGCGCCUUCCGAACCCGAAGAACAGCAGGAAGCUCAAGCCGUGCUGACAGAGCCAAUUGAGGUUAUCUUGCAAAAACUCUCUUCUGUCGGUCGUUACAAUGACCGAGUAAAGUGCCCAUGCUGCUCAAAGGAGCUUGCCAACCGUUGGGUCUUGGCACGACACAUCAAAAGCUUGCAUCUGGUUGCCCAGUGCGACAAAAAACUAAACACUUUCGUGAAACGAGAAUCCAAAGAAAAACAUAUUUGCAAAUUUUGCAACAAAGCAAUGCGUCCUAAAGAAGUUAGCAAGCACAUGCGAGUUUUCCACCCAAAUGACUAUCAACAGCCUGCAAGUAUCAAGCCCAAGCCCUCUUUCUUCUGUGCCCACUGUUCCUACUCGGGACACCGACGCAACCGAAUGGUGCUACACGUGACUGCCAAACAUUUUCCCAAGACGGUGGCGUGCCCUGACUGCCCGGCAAUAGUUGCCACCAGAAAAGAACUCAUAAGGCACAAAUACAGACGACACUCAACGUGGAAUUGCAGUCACUGCGGGAAAAAUGUUUCUAAGGCAAAUUUUACUGCCCACUUGAUCAAGUCCACAUGCCAGUUCUGUGAUGAGGUCUCUAAUUGUUGCGGACAGACUGCCUUACACCGCAAAGUGUGCAAAAAGAAAGCAAUUUGCCCCCACUGCGAGAGAGACUUUCACAACAGGGACAAUCUCAGGAAACAUGUCAUAAUCUGCCCUGUGAGGACUGGAGAGCCAAUGUUUGAAAAGGUUCGCCCAUCCCGCGCAUUCAAAGGUACAUACAAAAAGAAAAAGAAGCGUGGUAUGUUAACAAGGGAGGAUAAACUGGAGGAGGGUGGUGAAUUGUGACAUUUAAGCCAUCCAAGACUGACAAUUAAUGUGCAAUUAUUUUUCAAUUUCCAGAAUGAAAGGCUGGAAAAUUGCUUAAAAAUAAAACAAUUUGGUGUGUGAAACACCAAAUCGUCUGUUUAA